UCUUAACCAAUGACUAAAUAUUCCAAGCAAAAUCAUCGCUUGUGUCUCUUGGAGCGAACGAUAGCAGUGGAUAGCAGCAAAAAUGUCGAGAGGUAGUAGCGCAGGUUUUGACAGACAUAUUACGAUCUUUUCACCCGAAGGCCGGCUUUAUCAAGUCGAAUAUGCUUUCAAAGCCAUCAAUCAAGGGGGACUUACAUCGGUCGCGGUCAAAGGUGUUGAUACCGCGGUUUUUGCGACUCAGAAGAAAGUUCCCGACAAGUUACUUGAUGCUUCCAGUGUCACACACGUAUUUCAAAUUACGGAGCAUAUCGGUUGCGUCAUGACCGGCAUGAUAGCUGAUAGCAAAUCCCAAGUUCAGCGUGCGCGUUACGAAGCUGCCAACUUUAAGUACAAGAACGAUUAUGAAAUUCCAGUAGACACAUUGUGUAGAAGAGUUGCGGACAUAAGUCAAGUUUACACUCAGAAUGCUGAGAUGAGACCUCUUGGUUGUUCCAUGAUGUUAAUUGCCUACGACAAGGAAAAAGGACCUUGCAUUUAUAAAGCUGAUCCAGCAGGAUAUUUCUGUGGAUACAGAGCUAUAUCGGUUGGUGCUCGUCAGACCGAGGCCAAUUCUUACUUGGAGAAGAAACUCAAGAAAAAGCAAAAUUACAAUCAUGACGAAACUGUACAAUUAGCUAUCACUUGUUUGUCCAGCGUUUUGUCAGUCGAUUUUAAAACAACCGAAAUCGAGAUAGGUGUUGUUUCAAAGGACAAUCCCAAAUUUCGGGUUCUGACUGAAGAAGAGAUUGACAAACAUCUUACAGCAAUUGCUGAAAAGGAUUAAUAGGAAACAGCCCAAUCAUUCAUAAUUUUGAAACACAAAUACCUUUUUUUUCAUUAACUAUCUAGCGGCAUUAGUCAGUUGGAUGAAAAUAAAGUAUGAUUUUUCAUGAUCAACAAAAUAAAGGUCUAGGCUCAUUUA